CCAUUCAGUUUCCUCAAGUUUAUCUAGACAAUCAAAAUGUUUCAGUACGUCUCAUUCUUCGUGCUCCUCUUUGUCACCAUACUUCCUUCAUUUCCCGCCAGAAACAUGCCUGAUUUCAAAACUGUUUUUCCGGUCAAUCCUACAGCAUGGAGUACGUUUCAUAAGUUCUUAGAUGUUCGUCGAGGCAGUGAAAUCAUUGGCAUGUCUGAGUUAAAGAAAUACUUCCAUCAUUUCGGAUAUCUACCGAAAAAUGAUACAAACUUCACAGAUAUCUUCGAUGAAGGAUUAGAAUCAGCUGUUACACAAUAUCAAUCGAAACUUGGUUUACCUGUAACAGGUAAACUCGAUUCCACAACCUUAUCUAAAGUUAUGUCACCUAGAUGUGGUGUAGGCGACAACGAUGAUGAUAUCAAUCAUAAGUUGCAUAUAAAAAAACACUACACAUAUUUUCCUGGUAGACCAAGUUGGGGUAGAACCAGACCGUUGAUCUUAACUUAUGCUUUUUCUCCCCAUGAUUUCAUCGACUACAUAAAAAUAUCCGACGUUCGAGCUGCGUUUAACAGAUCUUUUGCGAGAUGGGCGUCAGUUAUUCCAGUUAACUUUACAGAAACUCAAGACUACAAACAUGCUGAUAUCAAAAUUGGUUUUUAUGAUAAAGACCAUGGAGAUGGGGAACCAUUUGAUGGAGUACUUGGAGUGCUAGCGCAUGCAUUUUCGCCAAAAAGCGGUCAUUUCCAUCUUGAUGCAGCUGAAACCUGGUCUGUUGAUUUCGACUUGGAAAAAUCAAGUGUAGCUAUUGAUUUGGAAUCCGUUGCGACACAUGAAAUCGGACAUGUCUUAGGGUUGGGUCAUUCAUCUGUUAAAGAAGCUGUGAUGUAUCCUAGUUUGAAUCCUAGAAGUAAGAAAGUAGACUUGAGAUUGGAUGAUGUUAAUGGUGUUCAAGUCCUUUAUGGUUCCAAUCCAAAUUUCAGUUUAACUUCUUUCUUACAGUCUGAAACUACUUCACCUAGUAGUAAAUCAUUUAGUUUAAGAAGACACAGAUCAAAUCCCUUUAUUUCAAUUUUUUUGUAUAUAGAACUUUUUUACUAUUGUGAUUUUUUGAUUUAGAUAUUAAAUUUUUAAUUAUGAUUUGGUUGUUGUGAAUUCUUGAGAUGCAUGGUUUGCACCACAAGUCACAAACUAGAAUCUUUGUUCUGUAGAAAACAAAGAACCAUAUAAGAAAAAAUAUAUUAUUAUGGCA